AUGGCCACGGAUGUCUCCAGUGCCAACGGCACCAAGUCCCUGGCCGCGAUGCUCGAGGAACAGCAUGCUCGUGACGAAGCCCACAAAGUCACGGUCGAAGAAGUCAAGGAUGAAGAGGACGUGAUCCACCCUCCGCCGUCGUCGUCGUUGUCGUCUGCCGUGCCCACAACGCCUGGCCCCCUCAUCGAGCCCGAAUCAUCCACCGCCGCCCCCGUCGAAGCCGCCGCCGCCCCCCCGCCGAAGAAGAAGGCCGGCCCGGCCUUUGACGUCCGAUCGGAGGAAUUGUUCCCUGCCCUUGGCAGCGGCCCCAAGCCCAAGGCCGCCGCUCCGGCUACCUGGGGUGCGAAGCCUUCUCUCGCCUCCGCGGUCGCCAAUGGCGCCAAUGGCGCUCAGCCAGCCGCACCCGGUUUGGAUAUUUCUGGCGCGCCUCGCAUCAUGUCUCUGCCUGGAAAGCACAUGGAACAGCUUCGACUCGUCCCCUCCCAAAUGCUCCCCCGCGGCCAGCUCAAGAAGCCGUUGCGUGACAUUCUACGUGACAUUUCCAAGCGAUCCAAGGCCAAUGUCGACAUGCGCGGUGGCCCCGGAGGUUCCAUCAUCUUCGAAGGCAAGGGUUCUGUAGAUGCCGUUCGCCAGGCCCUCAAGGAGGUUGCUCAGCAGGUUGGAUCCAAGCAAUCGGUCCGCGUGCCAAUCCCCACCUCUGCUCGCCCUCAUAUUAUCGGCCGCCAGGGUGCUGUGGUUCAGGAAAUCCAGCAACGUACCGGUGCCCGCGUCCAAGUUCCUCGUGCGGACGAAUCCCCCGCCGCGGAGGACGAUGAUGAUGGCGACACGAUCGAUGUCCUGAUCGAAGGUGACGCUGUGGCCGCGGAAAUGGCUCGCCGGGAGAUCGAGGCCAUCGUCAAGGAACGCGCCUCGAACAUGAACCUCAAACUCAAGUCCAUUCCGCCCGAGUUUUUCCCCUUCAUCGCUGGUGCCCAUAACGCGAACCUGAGAGAUAUCGAGGAGCGGACCAAGGCCCAGGUGCAUGUGCCCCGCUACGACACCUGGACCAGCCAGCCUCCACCGCAGGAGGCCGGCCUCGGUCAGAUCCAGUUUGCCCCCGUGCCGGAGAGGCACAUCCGCAUCGCUGGUGAGCGCGCCGCCACUCAACAGGCACGCGCCGAGAUUGAGAGUCUCGCCGCCCAGCUGCAGCACCAGCUCACCCUCCGCCAGCUGGCGAUUAACCGCGGUCAGCACCAGUUUAUCCUGGGCGACGAGGCCGACGCCCUGCACGAGUUCUUGGCCGACACCGGCUGCGCCAUCAUCCUCCCCCCGCAGUCCGACGACAGCGAGUUCCUCACCAUCACCGGUCCCCCCAGCUGCAUCGAAGCGGGCAUCAACCGCGCCAUGGAUCUUGCCACCAGCAUGCAGAUGGCCAGCAUCGACCUCUCUCGCCAGCACCCGAGUGCCCCCGCGGGCCCCCACGCCCACGCGCGCGCCCUGACCCGCUACCUCCAGGAACGCCAAAUCAUCAAGGAGCUUGAGGCCAUGUACGACGCCCGCAUCGCGCUCCCGCCCUCCCUGGACGGGCCCGUCACCUGGGAAGUCUAUUCCCGCGACGGCAAGAACACCAUCCGCGCGCGUUCGGACAUCAUGAAUGUCGUCCAGGCCCACCCGCCCACCAGGAUCCGUAACGUCUCCGUCGACCCUUAUUUCCAUCCGUACCUGCAGUCCCGCAGCGCAAGCAAACUCCAGGAUGACUUUGGCGUGCAUCUCCUGGUCCCCGACGAGUCUGAUUCCUCCGACGUCUUCCUUGUCUACGAAGGACCCUCGGCGUCCGGGGCUCCCUUUGAGAUUCCCAGGCAACGACCUUCGCCUGCCGAUGUUGCCGCCUUUGAAAAGUCCCUGCAGGAGGCCCAGGAGUACCUCUUGGCCACUCUGGGUGAUCAGUCGAACGUCGUCUCCAAGGCCGUCGACAUUCCGGGCAAGUAUCAAGACAAGGUUCGCCGGUUCAUUGCUCGCGAGCAGCAGGCACAGGAAGAAGGGCAGAUUCCGGUGCGUGCCAUCGUCGGGGAUGUUCGUGGCCGGGAUGCCGCUGCCAAGUGCGAGGUUUCGCUGCGUGGCCGCACCCAAGCCAUUGACGAUCUCGUCGCCCAGCUGGAGGCGUUUGUCGUUGAGCAAGAGAAGGAUGACCUGGAACGAGGAUACACGACUACCUUUGACUUCCCGCAAAAGUUCGCCAACUUCCUGAUCGGCAAGCGCGGCGAGAACAUCAACAAGCUCCGGGAGGAGUUUGAUGUGGACAUCAAGGUCGAGAACGGCAAGGUGGAGGUCAAGGGACCCAAGGCCAAGGCCGACGCCGCCAAACUUCGCAUCAUCAACCUAGGCAAGAAGCUGGAGGACGAGACCACCCAUAUCCUCAAGAUCCCUGCCCAGUACCACCGCGAACUCAUCGGCCAGAAAGGCAGCCAGGUCAACCGCCUCCAGGACCGGUACAACGUGCGCGUCCAGUUCCCGCGCGCCGCCGCCGCGGCCACAGCCGUCAUGGCGGAUGACCAGUCCGUGGCCGAUACCGCCAGUGAAACCGGUGGUUCACGGCCCAGUCGCCCCCAACCGGCCGCCGAUGAGGUGUACGUCAAGGGACCGAGCAAGGGUGCGGACCAGGCGCGCGACGAGAUCCUCAGCCUGCUCCAGUGGGUCGUCGAUCACUCGCACGCGGCCACCGUGUCCGUGGCGCAGAGCCAGAUCCCGUCCCUGAUCGGUCAGCGCGGCCGUGAGAUGGAUAAGCUGCGCGCCGACACAGGCGCCCAGAUCGACGUGCCGGGCGCCAAUGACCCGUCCGACGCCUCGGGCCGCGUGCAGAUCAAGAUCAAGGGUACCAAGAAGCAGGUCGAGGAAGCCAAGAAGAUCCUCCAGCAGCGGUCGUCCGAGUUUGACGCCACCGUCACCAAGACAAUUGAUAUCGACAAGAAGUACCACAAGGCUCUGAUUGGAGCGGGGGGAUCUAAUAUCCGGAAGAUCGUGGCUGACGCCGGCGGUCCUAGCGAUGGAGCGGCUGCGCGGACGGUCAAGUUCCCCCGACCCGAGAGCAGCGAGUCGACGAUCCGGCUCGAAGGUAGCAGCCAGGUGGUAGCGAACAUUGAAGCGGCGAUCGAGGCGUUUGUGCGGGAGCGCGAGGACCAGACAGUGGUGACGCUGGAGGUGCCGCAGCCGCAGCACCGGCUGCUGAUCGGGCGCGGCGGCGACACGCGCCGGGGCAUCGAGUCGCAGUUCAACGUGAGCCUGGACAUCCCCAAGCAAGGGUCCGGACGGGCAGACGUGAAGAUCAAGGGUCCCAGCACGGCGGUGGCCGACGCCCAAGCCCACAUCCUCACCCUACUACAGGGCCAGCAGGGCGAGACGGUCGCCGUGCCCCGGCACCUGCACCACGCCAUCUCGGACAACGGCUCGUUCUUCCGCCGCCUGCGCAACGAUUACCAGGUGACGGUCGACCACGCGGGCCAGCCCGUGCCCCCCAAGCCCAGCCCUGUUGCGAGCGCCAUGAUUGACUCGCGCGAGACCACUGCCGCCCUCCCGCUGAUCACGGACGAGCCCGGCGCCCUCCCGGCCGACACGCACUCGUGGAAGGUCGUCGAGCACGCUCCCCCGCCGCAAGCCAGCGACGCCACCACCACCACCACCACCAUCCCCUGGGUUCUAUCCGGCCCGACGGAGAACGUGGCCAAAGCCCGAGCCGCGCUCGACAAGGCCAUCGCCGCGGCCGGCCAGCAGUCGGCGACGGGGUACCUGAUCCUGCCGGACCCGCGCACGUACCGCUUCGUGGUCGGCCAGGGAGGCAGCCAGAUCAACACCAUCCGCAAGAAGACCGGGUGUCGUAUCAACGUGCCCAAGGGUCAGGCCCAGGGCGAGGCCAUCGAGGUCAAGGGGAGCAAGGAGGGGGUCGAGGCGGCGCGGGACUUGAUUCUCGAAGCCGUGCGGGGGGGCAGUAAGUAA